CACGUACUUAUAGCGCUGCUGAUGUUCAAUUCCAAGUUGACGUGAAGAGAAGCGCAUUUUUCUUGACAUAUUUUCUAGUUAUUUCCAGUGAAAUAAAUUUUCUAAAAGUGCAGAAUUUUGACCGUGUGUAGUGUGAUUUCUUAUAUGAUGUCGUAAUGUUUACGGCAGUAUUUAGAAAGACCGGUGAAUUGCUUGAUGGCCUACGGCCUGGUUCACCAAAGCCUGGCCAUAUUGAGCGAGUAUCGUCACCAAAUGUCCAGGGACAUCAUAAUGAGGAUGAUCCUGUAAUCACGCAGAGAUUCCUCAAAAUCAAUGUGAGGCACAUAACUGAUGGCCAGGGUGUUGUAGGAGGUGUUCUUCUCGUGACACCAAAUGCUGUUAUGUUCGAUCCCAAUGUAUCUGAUCCACUGGUGAUUGAACAUGGCCCUGAGAGCUAUGGGGUCAUUGCACCCAUGGAUUUGGUCGUAAAUGCAGCAAUAUUUCACGAUAUUGCUCAUAUGAGGGUGGGAAAUGAGGCUAGCAAUGACAAGCCCGAAGUGUACUAUCCAAAACCACAGAUAAAUCGCUACGAAAAUACCCAUUCUCCAGGAAAGGAUUCCCUCCUGGUGAAGGAUGAAACAUUCCCGGAAUUGGGUGUUGGAUCAGUGGAGGGAUGCGAUGAUCAAGAAAGUGUUUGUUCGAGCAAUGGACGUGAAGGUGAUGCCUUUCCCAAGGCAUUUGAUCGGGAUCUUGUGACACCAACAAAUCUCCAACAUGCGGAACAACUUGCAGAAUUCCGGGGUGGUGUACGUGAAUCAAUGGAUAAGACAAUGUCGACGGAGUCAGCAGCAGGAGAAGCCAAAGAGACCAAAUCUGAAGGACAGAAGGAUGAGACGAAAGAAUCCGACGAGAAGAAUCUGGAUGUAGUGACAAGUGAGAUGAAAAGCCUAGAGGAGCGCCGAAAGAGUUUAUUGGAUCAUCAUUGGGCAAUUCCAAGCAAAGAUAGAAAUUGUCAUUCCAAUAGUCAAAGAUCUCAGGAAGAUGAGGAGGAUUUGGCAGAGGAGAGUCUGGAGACUGUGGCAUCGAUGCCACAGCCACCACCAGUGAUUAGUCAGCCAGAUGAAGAAGUGGAUGAUCAGCAGCUUGUUAAAUUGUCGUGCCAUGAUUCGGGGAUUGAUAUACGUGAUCCCAAUUCACUGCCACUGCCAGCUGUUCAGCAAAUACCUACGAAGAAGGUCUACAGCGAUGCAGACAUUGUUCUCAGUUCCGAUUGGGUUCCUCCACUGACAAUUGCGGCCUCACAUUUUACCGAUAGUCCACCAAAAUCUGCACAAAUGGCACUCACUGCUCAGUCAGUGGCUCAAUCAAAUAAUCUCGAUCAGGGUGGGCGCAAGAAGACGUCAAGUGUGAGCUUCAGUGUUGAAGAUAGCGAACAUCAGGCAGCGGACAAGACGGGUGAUAAGAAAAACAAGAUGCUGAAGAGAUUGUCAUAUCCUCUGGCGUGGGUUGAGGGUCUCACUGGUGAAGGAGCUAAGUCUGAAUCGAUUGAAUCAGCACCAAAUACUGGUGAUUCCAAUCAGAGUGUAUUUUCAAAAGUAUUCUCCAGACGCUCAUCAAUUGGAACAUUCAUCCGACCAAGUCCCAGUUCCUCCGAAUCUUCUCAUCCGUCAUCACAUAAAUCCAGCAAAGUACCACCACCGAAAUUGGACUAUCGAUCAAUGGUUUCAAUUGAUGACAUGCCGGAAUUAUUUGUCAGCUUUGACAGUAAGUUUUGUUCCCCAUGCAAUUAUUUCUUUAAACACAGAAAGAAAAAGAAAUUAUUUUAUUUGCAAGCACAUUUUUAGUGCUUUCAGAGAGGAUAAAAACGUUUUGUUAAUUGGUUACAGUUGAUCUUGUUAGUUGUACGUUCAAAUUGUUCAAAGUUCAAAAUAUUGGAUUGUUUUUUCUUUUUUUUAUUACAUUUUUACACAAAACUUUGUCAAUAAUACAAAGGAGAUAUGGUUAACUUGAUAAUGAACAUAGAUGCAAUGCGCACAGCUCUUUAGAUGCUGCACAAACAAGUUAAGAUAUUUGAUGAUUGAUUCAAGUGCCACAAAAAUCAGUUUUAUCACUAUGAAUAAUUUAUUCGACUGAUUUGGCUGCAAAUAUAAUUUUGUUGGGAUUCUUUUUAAUCUUCUGAAUCUUCGCGGAAAUGGUCCAAAAAGCACAGUCCUAUAUGAUUUAUUUUUCAAGCUGUCAUGUCAUUCGUUUCUUCGCCGUAGAAAGGAGUUUUGCAAAAAGAACAGUAAUAGAUUAUCAUCUUACGGUUUAUAGCAAAGGCCUAUGCAAUACAUCCCUCUCAUCAAUAUCAUGUCCUAAUGUUACGACAAAAUUUGUAGGCUUCUUAAAUCUAAGAGUUUGUUGUUUAAUAUUUAUUUUUGUCGAAAAAUACAAAUUUGUCAGUUAUUACUCAGAUUAGACUUAUCUGGGAGUGGAAACCUUUCCAAAAAAAUUAAUUUGGAUAAAAGUUAUGGAUGGUCAAGUAAAAAGUCUUAAGCCCUUUUGUACUUUAUUUUGAAAAUGAAUAUAUAUACUUAGGAUUAUACGAUUUAGACUAGACCAUAUAUGUACUUUUUUGUUCAAUAAGUUUCGUCCAUUCUGAGGGCAAUUUAAUUAUUUCAGAAUUGAAAAAGUAGUGGUCCCUACUUCCUACUGACACUCACUAGCUCAUUUUUACAAGCUUCUCUUGAGGACAGUUUUGUACCAUCAAGAAAAUUUUGCAAAUGCUUGAAAAAGUGACAAUCGCUUGGUGCCAGGUCUGGACUAUACAGCGGGUGCGAUAGGAGCACCCAUUCAAGCUCUUGGAGCUUUUGGAGCGUCGCUAAAGAAUUGUGCAGUCUGGACUGAAAUCGCCAAAAUCUCGAAACCAAAACCCCGAAAA